GACCCAGGGUAUCCACUGCUCACAGUCCAGGAAGGAUCCUUGUCGUGCAGAGGUGCUGCCCAGGGCUGCCAGGGCAACGGUGGAGGAAGCCGGGGAGGGGCCAGAACGGGACAGGUCUUCUGCCCCAGGGACUUCCGCUAGUAUCCCCUAGGUCCAUAUGACUCUGGAGACAGACUGUAGAUCUUCCCGGAAGAACACAGUCGGCUGAGAAGUCAUCCAAGCUGAAAUGACCAGUGAGCCAAGAGGGGCCGCAAGAGGUCCGUCUCAAAGAGACCUCGAAGAGGAAGUGGAUGAACUUGUCCAUUUAUAUGGACUCGAAGACGAUGAUGAAUUAGGGGACGAGUUUGUUAACGAAAACAUGCCCAGGAUAGAGGUUUCGGAAUAUCCUGCUUACGUGGUGGCGGGGAGAGAGCCAGCCGUGGAGCAGAGAGACUGGAGACUUAGCGGGGAGGCAGCCGAGACUGAAGACCUGAGCUUCGGAGGGUGGGGCUCAGAGGGCCAGUGCCAGGACCUGCGGGAGGCCUACAGGUACACACACGGCCGGGCCAGCGAGGAGUACGAGUGCUAUGUCAUCCCAGAGGAGGAGGACGAGGAAGACGCUCCUGACGUCUUCUGUGUCACUUGCAAAACCCCAAUAAGAGCGUUGGAGAAGGUUCUGGAUGAACACAAGGAGCACGAGGUGACCCCCCUCAGCAAAGCCCUGGAAAGCGCCAAGGAUGAAAUUCACAGAAACAUGUACAGGCUGGAAAAGCAGAUUAUUGAGAUGGAAAACUUUGCCAGUCACCUAGAGGAGGUUUUCAUCACGGUGGAGGAGAAUUUCGGAAGACAAGAACAGAACUUUGAGUCCCACUACAAUGAGAUCUUGGAAACACUUGCUCAGAAAUACGAAGAGAAAAUACAAGCUCUAGUGGAGAAAAAGAAGGAGAAGCUGGAGGCCUUGUACGGACAGCUGGUCAGCUGUGGGGAAAACCUGGACACCUGCAAGGAGCUCAUGGAAACGGUAGAGGAGAUCUGCCACGAGGAGAAGGUGGACUUCAUAAAGGAUGCUGUGGCUAUGGCUGACAGGCUCAGGAAAUUCCUGGAAACAAAAACCGACGUGGAAAUCUCCGCACAGCCCGCCGUGGAGGACCAGACCUUGGACUUCUCUGACGUGGAGCGGCUGCUGGGCUCCAUCAACACCAUCCCAGCUCCUUCUGCCCCGGUGAUAAACCCACAGGCCCCCAACUCAGCCACGGGUUCCUCGGUCCGCGUCUGCUGGAGCUUGUACUCUGAUGACACCGUGGAGAGCUACCAGCUGUCCUACCGGCCAGUGCGGGACGGCUCGCCUGGGACCGACCACGCAGAGUCUACAGUGACCGUCAAGGAAACAUACUGCUCAGUGGCAAACCUUGUGCCAAAUACUCAGUAUGAAUUUCGGGUCACAGCUCAGAACAGGGCUGGUCUCAGCCCCGCCAGCGAGUGUGCAGUGUACAUGACAGCACCUUCGCCCCCCGUUAUAAAGAGCAAAGAGGUGAGGAGCUGUGAGGAGGCUGCGCUGAUUUGCUGGGAGUCUGGGAACCUGAAUCCUGUGGACUCGUACACGGUGGAGCUGAUCCAGGCGGAGACGCCGGGAGCCUGGGGCGUGACUGAGUCUGUUGUGGGCAUCCCCACCUGCGAGUCCCUGGUGCAGCUGCAGCCCCGGCAGAGCUACACGAUCUACGUGCGUGCCCUCAACGUGGGGGGCCCCAGCGCAAGAAGCGAGCCCGCCACAGUGCACACCACAGGCAGCUACUUCCGCCUGAACGAGCAGACCUGCCAUCCCUGGCUGACCAUUUCUGAAGACGGGCUGACAGCUGUCCGGAGCGAGAGGAAGACCCCCACAAGGGAGCCGCCCCCCAGCAGCACCCGCUUUACGAGGUGCGUCGCGGUCAUGGGAAACCUGAUUCUGGUCCGAGGGCGCCACUACUGGGAGGUGGAGGUGGACGAGCGGUCCGACUACACGGUGGGUGUGGCCUUUGAAGACGUCCCUAAGCAGGAAGACCUGGGCGCCAACUGCCUGUCCUGGUGUAUGAGGCACACGUGGGCGCCACCAAGACAUAAGUAUGAAUUUCUGCACAACAAGAUGACGCCAGAUAUAAGAAUCACAGUUUCCCCAAAGAAGAUUGGCAUUCUGUUAGACUAUGAAAACUCAAAAUUAUCAUUUUUCAACGUGGACAUCUCUCAGCAUCUGUACACAUUUAGUUGUCAGCUUCACCAGUUUGUGCAUCCCUGUUUUUCUUUGGAAAAGCCUGGGUGUCUGAAGAUACACAACGGCAUUUCAGUGCCAAAGCACGUCACCUUCUACUAGACCAUGCUGGUGCCCUGCUGUCUGUCUUCCGUACCCACCCUCCCUCAGCCACUCCCGCCUCAGCAUUCAAGCACCACGCACCCAGCACAGCUUGGACUCGUGCUGUUACCUGGCAGCCUGGUGUGCUGGCAUGCGCUUCCCUGACAUGGGUUUUGUCCUGUGACCUGUGUGAUGCUGUUAGUCCUGACCUGGCCUGGCUGUAAAGUGAGGGCUCAGACUAAAUAAACUCAGCAGUUCUUUAGCUUGUCAA